AAACAGUUUUGAAGGAGGCGCGCAUGUUUACAUAUGCUGCAAAGUGCUGCAAUAUUAAAUGAUAACAAUUUGUGGAACAGUCUUUUUAAACAAUAUUUAAACCAUGGCCAAUUUGAAACCACUGAAAAGUUUGAAUUUGGACACCACUCAGCAGAAAAACUUUAUCAAAUAUUUCAAGUCGCUCCCAGAUAAACCAGCUACAACGGUGCGCUUCUUCGAUCGAUCCGAUUACUACAGUGUGCAUGGUUCAGAUGCCGAAUUUGUGGCAAAAUGUGUUUUCAAAUCUACCAACGUAGUGAAGAUUAUGGCCCCUAGUGGUUCUGAGGAUGAAGUGCCGUACGUUGUACUCAGUAAGAAUAAUUUUGAAAGCUUUGUACGCGAUCUGCUGCUGGUUCGCAAUUAUCGAGUCGAGGUGUUCACGAACAAAAAUGCCUCAAAGACAUCCAACGAAUGGGUUUUGGAGUUCAAAGGAUCGCCGGGAAAUUUGUCUCAAUUCGAGGAUCUUUUAUUCGCCAACAACGACAUGGUUACCGGAUCGGCUUUAACAGCUUUGCACAUCAAACAACAAGGAAAACAAAAAGUCAUCGGAAUCGCUUGCAUCGAAACAAAUGAAAGGCUAUUUUCAGUGUCGGAGUUUGUAGACGACUGCUUUUUCUCGGAGCUGGAGGCACUUAUUGUUAUUUUAGGUCCUAAAGAGUGCAUCAUUCCUGCGGGCGAUGCUGAGUACGAUCGUGUGAAAAUCCUUCUGGAGAGAAACAAUGUGAUUGUCACGAUGAAAAAGAAGCAAGAAUUUUUACUUGAAAAAAAUGAUGUUGUACAAGAUCUGAAUAAGUUAAUACGGUUUACUAAAGGACAGCAAGAAAGCGCUAACACUCUUUCUGAAACCUCAAAAACAGUAGCUCUGGCUGCGCUUGGUGUAGCAAUACGAUACUUAGAAUUGGUUAACGAAUCGUCAAAUCAUGGACAGUAUGAUCUAAAGUUACUAAACUUGAACAGAUUCGUUCACUUGGAUGCUGCAGCAGUGUCUGCUUUAAAUCUCUUCCCUAAACCCGGCACGAAUAUGUCAUCGGCUGCAUUCAAAUGGCAAAGUAUUCUCGGAGUGCUGGAUCGUUGUCGAACACCUCAAGGCCACAGGCUUAUGGCUCAAUGGAUUAAGCAACCUUUGCGUGAUUACGAGGUGAUCAAAGAUCGUCACGAUAUUGUUGAAUGUUUUUUGAAUAAUGCUACCUGUCGCACUGAGCUUCACGAAGUUCAUAUGAAGCGAUUGCCUGAUAUUUUAAUUUUGAUUAAAAAACUUCUUCGCAAAAAAGCUUCUCUCCAGGACAUUUUUCGGCUGUAUCAAGUUAUUCUUCGUAUACCUAAGAUCUUAAGGUUGCUCGAAGAGCAAGACAGUACAACCGUUAUAAGCACACUAUACAACCCGAUGAAGGAAACCGUAGGAGAUCUUAAAAUGUUUAAAUCGAUGGUUGAACAAAUUCUUGAUCUAGAGGCUGUUGAAAAGGGAGAAUAUUUAGUGAAGUACACUUUCGACGAUCAAUUGAAAGAAUACAAAGAACAAAUGGAUGAAAUUGAAGGAAAAAUGAAGCGUCUUCUAUCAAAAGUAGCUGAUGAUCUAGGAAUUGAAGCUGGAAGUACGAUCAAGUUAGACUAUGUGGGGCAUCAUGGAUAUCAUUUUCGUAUGUCGUUGAAGGACGAACCGUUGAUUCGUAAAAGCUCGAAAUUCCAAAUCUUAGAUGCCAUUAAAGGAGGAGUUAGAUUCACCAACGAAAAAUUAGCUGAUUACAAUGCUGAUAUCACCAAUUCCCGAGAAUGUUACGAAGAACAACAAAAAACUGUCGUGGAUGAAGUUAUUAGAAUUGCUGUUGGAUACGUCGAGCCGUGGACUAUGUUGAACAAUCAAAUCGCUCAACUUGAUUGUUUCUUGAGCUUUGCCGUAGCUGCAGCCAGCGCUCCAGAGCCAUAUAUCCGUCCAAACAUGCACCCGGAAGGUGCAGGUCAGCUAAACCUGAAACAACUGCGCCAUCCAUGCUUGGAGUUACAAGAAGACGUUAAUUUCAUUGCCAAUGAUGCUGUUUUUACCAAAGAUGAAACUACGAUGUAUAUUAUCACAGGUCCUAAUAUGGGUGGAAAAAGUACAUUCAUAAGAUCCGUUGGUGUCGCUGUGUUAAUGGCACAUGUUGGAUCUUUCGUGCCCUGUUCCCAAGCCGAUAUAUCCAUAGUAGAUUGUAUUCUUGGAAGAGUUGGAGCUGAUGACAAUCUAAGUAAAGGAUUGAGUACUUUCAUGGUGGAAAUGGUUGAAACGGCCGGUAUUAUCCGAAUGGCUACAGAAAAAUCCCUCGUUAUUAUUGAUGAGCUGGGCCGUGGAACAUCAACUUACGAAGGCUGUGGUAUUGCGUGGUCAAUUGCUGAAUAUCUAGCUAAAGAAACUAAAUGCUUCACGCUAUUCGCAACUCAUUUUCACGAAAUCACCGAUAUGACUGAAACUAUCAAAACUGUUAAAAGUUGUCACAUGGCAGCAAUCGCCGAUAACAGCAGUUUUACUCUUCUGUAUCAAGUUAAGCCAGGAGUAAUGGAGAAGAGUUUUGGGAUACAGGUAGCUAAGCUUGCCAAUUUUUCACCUGACGUUGUGGAGCUGGCUAAAAAACUCUAUGAUGAAUGUGAGGAUCAUUUCACACAGCUUAAAGUUGCUGAAGAUCAGGAAGGAAUCGACGCAUUUUUGGCAUCACUUGAAAAAAUAGCAGCUGUUGAUCCCAAUGAUGAUAAUUCGAUUGGCACCAUGCUGCAAGACGUCCGAAAAUGCGUUAAAAACACAAACAGUGAUUAUUUUCGUAAAACAUUCCCCGAAUUGUAUGCUUAAAUUUCUUUAAAUACCUGAGCCAACAAAAACACGCAAGUUAAAUAAAUAGAUGUAAGUGUUUUUUUUUUUCAUUA